CUUCCCGGAUGCGGAGGUCACAUAGUCUCUUCAUGCUCAUGUUAAUACUCAGAAUAUUGUAACCCGGAGGCGGAGCGUUGGCCAAACUGACAAGAAAAGUCCGAGAAGUCCGAAGUUUCUUCAUUUUACAACCAAGAAGCCCAACAGGACAACCAUGCGUUUUACUGGAUUAUUUUUAUUACUCUGUUCGUACAGUUCACUUUGGGAGAUUUGUGGAAGUGCGCAUGCGCGGCUCCCCCAUGUGCGAAGCUAUGAAGUGGUCCGACUGCGGACAGGGAGAGUAAAGAGGAGCGCAGUGCAUCAGGAGAAAUAUCCUACUGCAGUUGAAUAUGCCUUGGAUAUCGAUGGGAAAUCCUUUACAAUAUCUCUGGAAAAGAAUAGGGAUUUGUUAGGGAAGAAUUACUCACUGACCUAUUACACAGAGGAUGGGAUAAAAGAGACUACAUAUUCAUCUAAUGUGGAUCACUGCUUUUAUCAAGGACAUAUUCGAAAUAUAAAUGAUUCCUCAGUCAGUGUUGGCAUGUGCUCAGGAAUGCGAGGAUUGUUGAGAGCAGAAAAUCAGGUCUAUCUGAUCGAGCCACUGGAGGAUUCUGUGAAAGGGGAUCAUGCAGUUUACAAACAAGAGCACUUGAGGACUAAGAGGGCAACUUAUGGAUAUAUCAACGAUACAGUCUAUGGUUAUGGAGUCGCGCCGAGGCUUGCUGGACUGUAUAAAAAUAAAAACAUGAAAAUCACGGUGCCCAAAGGAGGACGAUAUAUUGAGAUGGUUAUAGUGGUUGAUAAUACAGAGUAUACAAAUUAUGGAAGCUUGAAGGCUAUAGAGACGAGAAUGCUGGAAGUUGCCAAUCAUGUGAACAAGCUCUAUCGUCCUCUGAACAUCCGUGUUAUGUUGGUGGGAUUAGAGGUCUGGAAUGUUCGAGAUCACUUUGAUGUCAGCAGUAAUUCAGAUACUACUCUGAACCGUUUUUUAGAGUGGCGUAAGACAUACCUCCUGCCAAGAAAGAAGCAUGACAAUGCGCAAUUUGUUACCGGGGUAAAUUUUCAGGGAUCGACUGUUGGCUUGGCUCCCCUGUAUGCUAUGUGCUCACCUUCAUCUGGUGCUGUGAAUGAGGACCAUAAUAACAGUCCUCUUGGGAUCGCCUCCACUAUCGCACAUGAAAUGGGCCAUAACUUGGGCAUGUCACAUGAUACAGCAAAUUGUGCCUGUCAAAAAAAACAAACUGGCCAGACCUGUGUGAUGGGAGAGAGCAUUGGAUAUGUGUUUCCUGAGUUCUUCAGUAGUUGUAGCGAAAUGGCUCUGGAGACAUUUUUACAGAACUAUAAUGUCCUCUGCCUGCUAAAUGUUCCAAAUGAGGAUGAUUUGUUUGGGGGUCCGAUAUGUGGUAAUUCAAUUGUGGAAAAAGGCGAGGAAUGUGACUGUGGAACUUUGCAGGAAUGUAAGAACACAUGCUGUAACGCCACCACCUGCCGACUGACAGAAGGCUCCCAGUGUGCACAUGGGGAGUGCUGUGACCAGUGCAAGCUGAAGUUAGCAGGAAGUGUAUGUCGACCCAUUGCUCAUGACUGUGAUCUGGAAGAAUAUUGCACGGGGAAAUUAGCAUACUGUCCCAAAGACGACUACAAGAUGAAUGGACUUCCAUGUAACUCCAACCAAGGCUACUGCUAUAAUGGCCAGUGUCCAUCACACCAGGAGCACUGCAAGAUGCUGUGGGGGCCAGAUGCUGAUGUUGCUCAUGAUGAAUGCUUUAACCGUAACUGUCAGCAGUUCAGAAGAUGCUCCCAACAAAACAACAAAUGUGGGAAAAUAUACUGCAUAGGUGGAAAUGAAUUUCCCAUAACCCAAAGGAAAAAUGAAAUAACUACCGGUAUAGGCCGAAUAAAGUGCAAAGAGGCUGUGGUUGACGCUAGCACAGAGGAUAUAGGAAUAGUGCCAACAGGUACCAAAUGUGGGACAAACAAGGUGUGUUACAACAGCGUUUGCCAAGAUAUAACCAUCUAUGGAACUGCUAACUGCUCUGCAAAAUGCAAUAAUCACGGAGUGUGUAACCAUGAGAAGCAGUGCCACUGUGAUCCAGGCUGGGCUCCCCCCUCCUGUGAUAAGAAGCUUUACGAAGUUUCAAGCUCGCAAGGUGUGGUCACUGGUGUAGCCACUGCCAUAGGCAUCCUGCUGCUGAUCAUUGUAAUUAUUGGAGGCUUGGUGUAUUGUAAAAAACAAAAGAUAUUCAACAAGAAAAGCUCCUUUGCGGAUAUGAACGCAUACCCAGGUCAGUGCAACCCGGCAUUUCAGCCAGUCAGUGCAAAGAAUAGCCCCAAAUGUGGACCCCCUCGUAUCAGUCAGCCCACCUUUCUCGAAUCAUCUGCAACACAAACCUGCACGCCUCUGUUUACUCCCAUUACACCUAGCAGAGUUCCACCACAGCCUCCAGCGGUAGCGAAACCAUCCAAGAUGCAACAGGUUUUGAUGCCUUCAGGUCCACAUCCUGUUGUCCCCAACAACACAAAUUUCACUCAGGGAAAGCCUUUGCUUCCUGAAUCUAAACCACUACCUCCAUCAAAACCUUUACCUCCACUGACUACCAAGCCUGUGAAUAAACCAAAGCCCCCUCCAGUGCCUCCUGUGAAACCAUCAGGAACAAACCCCAGAUGGAAUCCCCCUCAGGCAUCUGCAGUACCAAAGGUUCCUCUCAAACCGUCUCCAAAGUUCAGAUGAUGGGAAGCAGAAUGACUUUCUCUGAAUCACCGAGAGCUUCAGGAAGAAGCUUUUAUGAGCAAUUUUAAUGCCUCUACAAGGGACACAGCUGUGAAGAUUAUUCAGACAUUUGUGUGCACUUUGGUAGGGAGAAACAGGAUGGGCUUCAAAAUGGUGGGAAAAUAUCCCACAAAGAACUGAACGUUUUAAGCCCUUUGGGGUGUACUCCAUUUUUCCUUGAUGCUGUACUUGAAGUAGUUGCUUGAAGAAUGUUCUGUUUUGGUACAUCUUGAUGGACUUGACUUGUUUUAAUGAUUUUAAUUAUUAGCAGAAUCUUCUGUUAUAGAAAGCAGGGUAUACAGUAUAUGCAAAAACAGUUCAAGUUGUCACACUGUAAUUUAAAGUGAUUUGUCAUUUCAUUAACAUAUACAACAAUAGUCAUUUUACUUACAAUGCUCUUUUAAUGACUGCAUCAUUUUUAUGCUGUUUUAGUUGUUUGUCUCCUCCAUUAUGUUGGUCUUAAUAUUAUCUUGGCCAGUUGUUAACAAUUCUCAGCUGGUCUGAGAACAUGAAGAUUUUCAGUUUCUAGAGCUUAAAUAUUUUCAGUGUUGAAUUAAUUAAAUGUUAUUGAUGGUUUUCACAACAAAUAAAUGAUUGUUUUCA